AUGAUUAUACUAAAGGGUAUAUCCAAAGAUAUACCAGCUGAAGAGAUAGCUGGUAUUGUCAGGGGGCAGAACCCAGAGUUGAAAGAGGCUUUUAUUGAGGACGAUGACAUGCGCCUCCGAUUUAGGCGUAGCAACAAAAACCCGGGGCUAUACAACGCAGUGUUUCUUGUGGCACCCAAACUCUUUCGUAAAUUCAUUGAAAAGGGCAAAAUCAGUGUUGACUACCAGCGAUUACACAUCAGCGAAUUCUCACCCUUUCUGCAGUGCCACAGGUGUCUGCAGUUUGGGCACAUUAAAAAGUACUGCACAGCCGCAACUAGUCAAUGCUCGCACUGUUCCAGUAAGGAGCACACAGGCGAAAAAUGUCCUGAUAAGGGCAAACAAGGUGGCUAUCAAAUUGCAUUGCUGUCGGAGCCAUAUGUUGGCUCAGGAAAUGAGGUGCGACCAACUCAGGGACUCAACAUACAUCAAUUUGGUGGAAAAGGUAGAGUUAAGGCGUGUAUACUCACUAAACCAGGCUGCGGUCAGGUGAUUGGUAUGUCACAAUACUCUAACUCAAAUCUUUGCGUUAUUCAAUUCACAAGUGGCGGUCAUAAAAUACUCAUAGCCUCCGCAUAUAUCGAACCGAAUUCAGACGAAAAUAACACAUUAGAGCAUAUAGAUAAUUUUCUCAAGAUCUCCCGAUGCCCAAAUACCAUCAUUGGCGGUGACUUUAAUGGAUGGCACCAUCUAUGGGGCAGUAAGACCAAUAACCCUAGAGGAUGUGCGGUAGUGGAGCUGGCACAUGCAAAUGAUCUCUUCGUUUGCAAUGUCGGCACCUCACCCACCUUUGAAACCGUCACACACGGCAGGGAUCGGACUUCUAUAAUAGACCUCACAUUGGCCCAUGGACACAUAUUUGACCGUGUAGUCGGGUGGAAGGUCAACCUCAACGCCUGCCCUUCAUCGCAGCAUAAUGCUGUGGAAUACGAGAUUGCGACUGAGAAUUCUUCCUUAAACUCCUCAUCGAUAACCAACUCCACGUUUAAGUACAACAGCAACAAGGCCAAUUGGGGAAUAUUCAAGGAUGCACUCCACACGCUUAUGACCAAUACAGAUAUAUUGGAGAGAGACAUCGGAUCGCUGAACACAGCUGGCUUGGAGAAAUUGAUUGAUGACAUCUGCGGGAUCAUUCAUAAAGCGUGUGAAGAAUCUAUGCCGACAAAGAAAGGCCGAUCCCUGACGAAGCAUCGCCCGUUAUGGUGGACGGAAAAACUGACAGACCUCAAAAAAGAAGUCAUCCAGUUACACCACAGACUAAACCGAAUGAGACGUCGGAAUCUGCCUCUAGAUCAACUAGCAGAGGAAUUAAAUAAUAAAAAGGCAAUAUAUGCGGAGGAACUGAGGGCGGAGUCUUCCAGGAGUUUUAGAGAGUUCUGCGAACUACAAACAAAAGAAAACGUUUGGACUCUCACGAAUAGACUUCUGAAGGACACUGCACCCAAGCGGCCACCAGCCACCAUAAAAAUUGGUGACAAUUACACCAGCAGCGAAACGGAGACGGCCCAAGCACUCCUGGAUCACUUUUACGGUGAUGAUACACCAGAUAAUGACACGCACCAACACCAGUUUCUUAGAUCCAGAAUCGGGAAUGAGCCAGAUGGAGUAGAUGAACCCCCAUUCGCUGUCGAGGAGGACAGUCUCAACGGUGGCAGCGGUCGCUCUGGCUCAAUUUGUCCCUUGGACCUCAGGGUCCUGGAGGUACAUGAAGUUGAGACAGUUCGACUGAAAGGGGCAACCAACUUAAUACCAAGGGAUAUACAAUAUGAGAGGCCCACACCUGUGCAUGAGUUAUUACAUCCGUCAAAAAGAAUAAGUAUUGAGUGUGCAGACCUGAAUUCGGAAAAUCUAGAACAGGAAACAGCGCCUAUUCGAAUCUAUACAAAUGGAAGCAAGCUCGAGAAUGGCGGUGUGGGAGCGGCUUUCGUCUGUUUCGAAGGUUCAAAAGUUAUAUAUAAAAAGAGGCUGAAACUACAUACUAGCUGCUCUGUGUUCCAAGCGGAACUCUUGGCGAUUAAAGAGGCUUGCGAGUGGACUUUGGACCGGAGAUUGAAGCAAGGAGACGAAAGACACCAAAGGGGCACAAGGAUGCACAUGGGCUGCAAGGAGGUUAUACAGAUCUUGAGUGACUCUCAGGCGGCACUGAGAGCACUCCAAAAGAGAUCUAACACCCACCCCAUUGUGGCAAAGACUCAUGACACAAUAUAUACAGCUGCUCAAGUGGAUCUUAAUUUCAUAUUCUCAUGGGUUAAGGGCCAUGCGGCCAAAGGCGCUGCCACACAACACAAAACUCCUGACUACGCGAAGUUCCCUAUGAGCUUUGUAAAAAGGACUAUGAGGGAAAAAACUUGGAGAACUUGGCAGACAAGAUAUGAAAGCGCGGAACAAGGAGCGCGCACAAAAGAAUUACUCCCAAAAUUGACGGACAUUUGUGCACUAUGGAAAGCAACCAAAGUAUCAUUUCAAUUAACGCAGGCUUUAACAGGUCAUGGCUACCACAAGGAAUAUCUGCAUAGAUUCAAAAUCGCUGCCGAUCCAUUCUGCCCCUGUGACAAUACCACUACUCAAACGUUAACUCAUUUGUUGAGGGAGUGUCCUAGAUUUGAGUACAAUAGACUAAGACACGAGAUGCUUUGUAGCAAUCUACGUAUAUCACCGUACUGUGUAACGGAACUUUCAAAUAAACAAAGUGCUAUUGAAUCCUUCGUUACAUUUAUUAAUUACAUCAUAGAUAAGCUUAAAGGAUUCAAUAAAUUGUAA